UCGUCUUCCUUUGGUAAAUCGUCUUGCUGCAAGCCUUGGCUGGCUGCAACCAUGUUUGACAUGUUGAAGUAAAAACCUCAUUGCAGCGAUUUCUGUUAUAAUUUGAUUGCUUACGUUAACGUUGUAACAGUUACCUGAUAUCACACGCCGGGUGAGGCAACAUUUUUGCUUUUAGCGAGAGGUUAGCUAGCUAACAAACGUAGUGAGCACAGUACUGUCAUGUUAUAAUUUUUGUUUAACGUUUGUUAGAUAGUUGCUCACAGGUAAUAUCAGCCCCACUGGGUGACCGAAGUGUUACAUUAACGGAUAACUGGAAUGCAAUGUGGUUAAACAAAGGUUAUCAGCUCUAGUGUAACGUCUUCCUGAGGUGAUGCUGCAGUUAUUGCGCUCUCCUCUACAGAGGGCUUUUGUCACUCCACCAUGGACAGGUCUGCGCUCCCUCUACUCCACCAAGACUCAUUCCCUUGAGGGCGAGCACCAUACAGAGACCCGCCUGAAUCCUCUUAACAUUCAGAUGCUGUCAAAGAACCUCCAUGAACAGAUAUUUCGAGGGCUGGAACCAGAGUACAGAGAGGAGGAUGUGGAGCGCAGCAUUAGGCAUCUGCAAAAACACCAGCUGUGGGGGAAGGAAACUUCAAUGUUGCCCAAUGUGGAGCUUAAGCUUCCCCCUAUGUAUGGAACAAAUAUUGAUGAACACUUUCGUAUCUUGGCCAAAACUCAGAGUCUCCCCUAUCUUGAGGCUGCCACCAAGCUCUGUCAGGCUGAGCUCCCUGCCAUGCCACAGGAAUGGAGCUGGGAGGUUGGCUGGACUCGGUAUGAGCCUAGUGGGGAGAGACAGAAGGUUGAUUUCCCAGAGGAGUCAGCACUGGUGUUUGAUGUGGAGGUGUGCACAUCAGAGGGGCAGUGUCCCACUCUGGCUGUUGCUGUAUCUCCCACCAACUGGUACUCCUGGUGCAGUAAACGUUUGAUUGCAGAGCGGUACUCCUGGUCCAACCAAUUGACCCUUGCUGACCUCAUCCCACUUGAGACACCUGUCAACUCUGCCCGCCCCCCUAAGGGUUAUUGGAAGGAGAGGCUCAUAGUAGGCCAUAAUGUUAGCUUUGAUCGAUCUCACAUUAAGGAGCAGUAUUUACUAAAGGGUUCAAAGGUUCGCUUCAUGGACACCAUGAGCCUUCACAUGACCAUUUCAGGCCUAACUGGGCUCCAGCGCAUGCUUUGGAUGGCCAGUAAGCUGGGCAAGAGGAGGGGUCUUCAGGAGGUCAAGGAACACAUUAAGAAAGUUGGGAAGAAAAGGGAGGGCCCAAUGAUUGGCUCCUGGGACUGGGUGAAUAUCAGCAGUAUUAAUAACCUGGCUGAUGUUCAUGCACUGUAUGUAGGUGGGCCGGUGCUGCAAAAAGAGGCCAGAGAGACCUUUUUGAAGGGAAACAUGAUGGAUGUCAGGAACAACUUCCAGGAGUUAAUGCAAUAUUGCGCCAUGGAUGUUCAGGCAACCCACCAAGUCUUCACAGAGCAGCUACCUCUCUUCAUGGAGAGGUCAGUAAAUCCCAACCUACAAGCAUUUUUCGUCAACUCUGGAUUGAUUCUAUUGAUUGUUGAGCUGAGCUGGGGGCGGUACCUGGAGGACUCACAGGACGUUUACGAAGAGCUUGAGAGAGAGAUGAAGAGGUCUCUAAUGACUCUAGCGGAUGAUGCGUGCCAGCUCCUGCAGGAUGACAGAUACAAAGAAGACCCCUGGCUUUGGGAUCUUGAAUGGGAUGUGCAGGAGUUCAAGCAGAAGAAAGUAGCAACCAGCAAGAAGAAACACUCAAAAAAAGCAGCUGAAAUCCAGGUUGCUACUCCUCUUCCAGACUGGGAAGAAGAUCCAGGUCCUCCAACUGAAGAGGAGAUGGCGGGUCCCAGCAGGCUGGCUCUGGAGCAACUGAAGGGAACAGUGAAUCAACUUCCCAAGAGAAGGCAACAUCUGCCUGGGCAUCCAGGGUGGUAUCGUAAGCUGUGUGAAAAGAUGUCUGAGAAGGACAGCUGGUCACCUGGAGCCAGCCUGAUCAGUCUGCAGAUGAGAGUGACUCCUAAGUUGAUGGGCCUGACGUGGGAUGGUUUCCCCUUGCAUUACAUAGAGAAAUAUGGGUGGGGCUAUCUGGUACCUGGACGCAAAGAUAACUUAGGUUCUCAAGAGGAAAACACAGGUCCUGUGUGCCCACACAGGGCUAUUGAGAGUGUUUACAGACAAUACUGUGGGCAGAAUAGCAAAGAGCAGCCUGAAUACCUGGACUCCAACCUCUCAGAUGACCUCAUGUUGACAAACAGCACAGUAUGGGCAAAGGUAGAGGAGCUAAGUUCCAUGGAAAGUCUGACAGAGGAAAAUGGAAUCCAAAUGUUACAAAAUGGGUCUCAAGAUUCACCUUCUGUCCCAAAGGAGAGUCACUGCCAUUAUCAUCAUGGAAAUGGGCCCUACAAUGAUGUGGAUAUCCCAGGAUGCUGGUUUUUCAAAUUACCUCAUAAGGAUGGUAAUCACAACAAUGUUGGCAGUCCUUUUUCAAAGGACUUCCUGUCCAAAAUGGAGGAUGGUACUCUUAGAGCGGGACAGGGUGGAACCAACGCAACACGAGCUCUGGAGAUCAACAAAAUGAUGUCUUUCUGGAGGAAUGCCCAUAAACGUAUAAGUUCUCAGACUGUGCUUUGGCUUCGCAAGCGAGAGCUUCCUCAUUCUGUCAUCAGGCACAAAGACUUUGAUGAAGAGGGUCAGUAUGGUGCCAUAUUACCUCAGGUCGUCACGGCUGGAACGGUGACACGUCGGGCUGUGGAGCCAACAUGGCUGACUGCCAGUAAUGCACAGCGGGAUCGUGUAGGCAGUGAGCUGAAGGCCAUGGUGCAGGUACCACCGGGGUAUCACCUGGUGGGAGCAGACGUAGACUCUCAGGAGCUGUGGAUUGCUGCUGUACUUGGAGAAGCUCACUUUGCUGGCAUGCAUGGAUGCACAGCAUUUGGCUGGAUGACCCUUCAGGGAAAGAAGAGUCAGGGCACUGACCUGCACAGCCGCACUGCUGAUGCAGUGGGUAUCAGCAGAGAGCACGCCAAGGUGUUCAACUAUGGACGCAUCUAUGGCGCAGGACAACCGUUUGCUGAGAGGCUGCUGAUGCAGUUCAACCAUCGCCUCAGUCAGACAGAAGCUGCCAGUAAGGCCAGGCAGAUGUACGCUUUAACAAAGGGUACACGCAGGUAUGUGCUGUCAGAGGAGGGUGAAUGGCUGGUCAGUGAACUGGAUAUAGAGGUGGAGAGGGAGGAAAAUGGAAGUGUCUCACUGCAGGAGUUGCGGAGGAUCUCCAAACUGGUCUCAAAGAGUGCUCGGCGGAAAAAGUGGGAUAUCGUUGGCAAACGUUUGUGGACUGGAGGUACUGAGUCGGACAUGUUCAAUAAGUUGGAGAGUAUCGCUUACUCAGCCCAGCCGGCCACUCCUGUUCUAGGCUGCAGGAUUAGCAGAGCGCUGGAGCCCAAGACAGUAAAGGAUGAGUUCAUCACCAGCAGAGUGAACUGGGUGGUCCAGAGCUCAGCAGUGGACUACCUACAUUUAAUGCUGGUGUCCAUGAAGUGGCUCUUUGAGGAGUACAACAUCGAUGGCCGUUUCUGCAUCAGCAUCCACGAUGAGGUGCGGUACCUCGUCCGCAGCGAAGACCGCUACCGAGCAGCACUGGCGCUUCAGAUCGCAAACCUGCUUACGAGGAGUAUGUUUGCCCACGCGGUAGGCAUGCAGGACCUUCCCCAGUCAGUAGCUUUCUUCAGUGCAGUUGAUAUUGACCAGUGUCUGAGGAAGGAGGUCACCAUGGACUGUGUGACCCCCUCUAACCCCACAGGUUUGGAACGAAGAUACAGCCUGCCCCCUGGUGAAGCCUUGGACAUCUACCAGGUCAUUGACAUCACUCAAGGCUCUCUGAACAAAGGAAAAUAGCCCAUUUUUGGACCAAGCU